AUGCCGUACUCGUCCCUGCGCCUUCUGCGCACCCCGAAAUAUCCAAUUCGAAGUAUCCUUCUUUCACAGUCACGGCCAAUUGCCCCACGGAUAUCCAUCCGGUCUGCGCGCCCCGCGUCUACGUCUACGUCUACGACAGCUGGAGAUGCUGGCUCCGCUGGCCGCCGACUCAAGAACGCGCUUUACGGCACCUCCCUAUCCCUCUUCGCUGUCUUCACAUACCUCUACAUCACCGAUACGCGAGCUAGCGUCCAUCAAUGGCUGGUGGUGCCCGCUGUAAGAUGGGUCUAUCCAGACGCUGAAGACGCACAUCAUGCUGGGACCAAAGCGCUAAAAGCUCUUUAUUCGUUUGGUGUCCACCCUCGAGAGCGUGAUUCAAAAGCACGCGAUGCGAAGGACGUCGAUUUGGGCAUCACAGUCUUCGGGCAAAGCCUACAAAAUCCAAUUGGUACUUCUGCGGGCAUCGACAAGCUGGCCGAAAUUCCAGACGCAUUGUUAGCACUGGGUCCUGCAAUUGUGGAGGUUGGAGGAGCAACGGCGCAUCCCCAAGAUGGCAACCCUAGGCCGAGAGUCUUCCGAUUGCCGAGCCAGAAAGCGCUCAUUAAUCGAUACGGUUUGAACUCUCGGGGCGCGGACGACAUGGCUAUGCGACUGCGGGAACGAGUACGCCUCUUUGCAUAUCACAAUGGCUAUGGGGUUGGACCCGAGGCGGAGGAACUAGUACUCAAUGGCGAGGCGGGAGUCCCUCCUGGGAGUUUAGUUGAGGGGAAGAUGCUGGCCGUGCAGGUUGCAAAAAAUAAAUCUACGAAGGAUGAGGAUAUCGAGGCUGUGAAGAGAGACUAUGUCUAUUGCGUAGAGAGGCUAGCUCCUUACGCAGACAUAUUGGUGGUUAAUGUCAGCAGCCCAAAUACCCCCGGCUUGAGGACUCUGCAGAGGGUUGAGCCUCUUACGCGGAUUCUCGAAGCGGUUGUUGGUGCCGCACGGAGUGUGAACAGGAAGACAAGCCCAAAGGUGAUGGUUAAGGUAUCCCCAGAUGAGGAUCAGGAUGAACAAAUCGAGGGCAUUGUUGAAGCAAUUUGGAGGAGUGGAGUCGAUGGAGUCAUUGUUGGAAAUACCACAAACCGGCGGGACCACAUCCCAAACGAUGUAAACUUGCCAGCAAAGGAGAGGCAAGCACUGAACGAACAAGGCGGUUUCUCAGGCCCCCACAUGUUUAAGAGGACGCUGGCGCUAGUGAAAAGGUACCGGCAUCUCUUAGACCAAGGUCCUCCCCGACAUGAAAAUAACCACGGACCCGUGAACCAACCCAUGGCCAUCGAGGAUAAUGCCGCAGGUGGCCAGCACAUCCCAAACUCUCCUGAGAAGGUUGAAUCAGCCAAAGCGCCCGCUACAACACCAGAGGGAGCUCGACAAGAGCAAAAAGUCAUAUUUGCCACUGGCGGUAUAACAAAUGGCCAACAGGCACUUGAGGUACUGAAUGCAGGCGCCAGCGUUGCGCAGAUCUACACGGCUUUAAUGUAA